AUGUCCGCCAAGCGCACGGGCCACCCCGAGAAGCGGGUAACUUUCCAGCUGUCGUCGUCAUCUCCGCAAACUUCUACCGCAAGUCGCGCACUUAACAAUCACUCGGCCAAUCGACGCCGAUUUACUGCCAAUAAUCGCUUGCCAUCCACCACUCCCAAUACUUCCCCCAAGCCUCAGACGGCUCAUGCUCUGCGCUUACCUCGCUGGCCGUUCAAUGAGCAAGACACUCGCCUAAUAUCCGCUGGAUACCAACCCCAGUGGACACCCAACCCACCCCAACCUGAGCCACAGAAUAAAGGCCAAAACAGAUCAGCCAUGGCGGAACCACGCGCCCGAAUGGCCCGUCACAAGGGGCAGAUGAACUUUCAAAACGAGCUUCGUCUUCUGCUUCUCGCCUACGGAGACCCAAGCCCUCACCCUUCCUUCCCCAACGAGCCACUCCCAGAAACAGUCCGUGUCCUCGACGAAAUUGUCACAGACUUCGUAUUAGAAGUGUGCCACGGCGCCGCGCAGGUCGCGCAUCACGCUCGCCGGCAGAAGAUCAAGGUCGAAGACUUCCGCUUUGCACUGCGCCGCGAUCCAAACAAACUCGGACGUGUUCAGGAGCUGCUUCGCAUGGAGCGUGAACUGAAAGAAGCUCGUAAGGCUUUCGACCAGAACGACGACCAGGUCGCGAAAGAGGCGGGCAAGAAGGGUGCUGCUGCUGCGGCAGCGGCGGUGGCAGCUGGUGAGGAUCCCGAGGCAGCAGAGGCGGCCGCCGCCGCCAGUGUUACCGGAAAGAAGGGAAAGAACAAGGGCAAAGGAAAGAGGGAUGCAACUCGUCGAGGGUCGGAUGCCACUGAGGAGUCUGCCGUGAAGAAGCGCAAGACCAUCGGCUGA